ACUGUAGUCAUAAUUUUAAAAACCAGAAAAGAAAAAAAACUUUUUAUAAAAGUAAAGAUGCUAUUUAAGUUGCAGAUUUUUGCAAUGUUUUGGGGAGCUUAUGGCUAUCAGCUCAUUCCCAGGAUUGAAGAGUGUGGACUGACAUGUUCUCAGGGAUUUCUUUGCAGAACACAAACUUCUAGUGGUAUUCUUAACAGCUUCUGCCAUCCUGCUCCUGCCUCUCUCUCUCCUGCCACCCUGAGAAGCAUGAAGCUGUGGACCGCCAUGAAGUGUGCAGGACAAAGGCAAUGCUCUCUUCUCUUGAGUGUUAAGGGGACGCUACAUCUUGAGGAAAAUAUCCGUGGCAUGGAAAUUUGCUAUCUCUCAAUGGAAACGCAGAACUCUCAGUGUGUGAGAGUGAAGAUUUCGAAGGACAUGAAUGUAAAAUCUGCUGUAAGGAAGGUGAAAGUUCAGUUCAACUGCUUUGAAGUCAGCGCAGGACAACAUCUCCAUGUGACCAUGAGGACAGUUCCAAAUUACUGCGGAGUUAAAAAGGAUCAAGAAUAUUAUGUUGAAGAUUGCAGAAACAGUGAUGUGGAGGAAAAUAUUCCAGUCUGUUUUGUUUCAGGCAUCAGAAUCAUUUAUGAUGUGGACAGAGCAAGAAAAACCAUUUUGGUGGAUAUUUCAGAGACUGUUCAAGGCACAGAUUAUUAUGUUCGCCUUUGCCACCAGUGGUUUCUUUGUGAAGAUGUGGGUCCAGUUGCCUUGGUACAAGGGAAGGACUUGGUGAAACCAGUCUCUUUGCAGUACACUCAGUUGUUGCCUUGUCUUUGUAUCGAGGCAUGGCCAGCGAUCCCCGACGCACAGAGAACCCAGUUGUGCCCAUUUAAAAAUGGCAAGUAA